AACUACCACCACUGUGGUAAAUUGAGAUUUUAACCAUUAAUAACUUACUAUUUUAAGAAAUAUUUUAUACUCAAAGCUUACACUAAAAAAGUAAAGUAUUUUAAUGGUAUCCUCAGUUUCCAAUGAAAAGCUAAGUGUUAAAUCUGUGUUUAUUAAUAUGUAAUAUGGUAAAAAAUAUAUAUCAAUAAAAUUCAUCACUACCACUAGUGUUCCCUACUGUUGCCACAUCAAACAAGGUCUCUGGUUGGCAGUGACAUUUGGCGCCCACUCAGCCCCCAAACCUGAAUGACUGCUCUACUUAUUAUUUUUUAGCUAAUUUUAAGUAGUUAAAUAUGAAAAGGAUGGACCCUGGAGUUCUUGUUUUUGUUUUUUAACAAAUGCAGGACCCCAAAAUAGGGUAAGUGUAAUUCAAGGAAAUUUAGAGCCCCUUUGGUUUGAGGUCUCUCUCAUGGAGACACCCCUGUAGGAGGACCCAAGAGACAGGCAGCAAGGCUGCUUGACCUCCAUCAGGGCUUCCUGGUUAGUCCACACCCGGUUAAUUUCUGUGUAGGUUAGAUGAAGGGGGUUAGGGAGUUGGAUGCAAUGUUCUCGAAGGUUGCUGGUAACAUGGGGUAUACAUGUGUGUUUUCCUUUUGGGUCAUUCUGACAGUAGUUUCCUAUUGGAUCAUUCUGUCCAAGCGUGCCUUUCCUAUGUGGAGGACAGCGUUCAGAACUGAAUACAUAAUGUAGCUCACUCAAAAAUGGAAAAGAGAUUAGAAAACUGUAUCCUAAAAAUUUGUUGUCAGUUCAAGCCCUUCUCUUGGUAAAGAAGUGAUAACUUUGCAUAACCCCUAAGAAGCCUAGCAGCCACAUCUUGCUCCAGUACAACCAACCAAAACCAACUCUGAUGGGACCCAGGUGUGAAGCCUCUCACAGACAGGCUGGAGCUGUGCAGCUUUUGUAGCAGGACAUGGAUUUGAUUGACAUCCUUUGGAGGCAAGAUAUAGAUCUUGGGGUAAGUCGAGAAGUAUUUGACUUCAGUCAGCGACAGAAGGAGUAUGAGCUGGAAAAACAGAAAAAACUUGAAAAGGAAAGACAAGAACAACUCCAAAAGGAGCAAGAGAAGGCCUUUUUUGCUCAAUUACAACUAGAUGAAGAGACAGGUGAAUUUCUCCCAAUUCAGCCAGCCCAGCACACCCAGUCAGAAACCAGUGGAUCUGCCAACUACUCCCAGGUUGCCCACAUUCCCAAACCAGAUGCUUUGUACUUCGAUGACUGCAUGCAGCUUUUGGCAGAGACAUUCCCAUUUGUAGAUGACAAUGAGGUUUCUUCGGCUACAUUUCAGUCACUUGUUCCUGAUAUUCCCAGCCAUAUUGAGAGCCCAGUCUUCACUGCUCCUACUCAGGCUCAGUCACCUGAAACUUCUCUUGAGGGAGCCAUGGCUGAUUUAAACAAUAUGCAGCAGGACUUUGAACAAGUUUGGCAGGAGCUGUUUUCCAUUCCAGAAUUACAGUGUCUUAAUACUGAAAAUGAUAAGCUGGUUGAGACUACCACCGUUCCGAGCCCAGAAGCCAAACUGACAGAAACUGACAACAGUUAUUUCUACCCAUCCAUCCCUUCACUGGAAAAAGAAGUAGGGAACUGCAGUCCACAUUUUCUUAAUGCUUUUGAGGAUUCCUUCAGCAGCAUCCUCUCCACAGAAGAUCCCAACCAGCUGACAGUGAAUUCAUUAAAUUCAAAUGCCACAUUAAACACAGAUUUUGGUGAUGAAUUUUAUUCUGCUUUCAUAGCAGAACCCAGUAUCAGCAACAGCAUGCCUUCCUCUGCUACUGUCAGUCAGUCACUCUCUGAACUUCUGUAUGGGCCCAUUGAUGGUUCUGACCUGUCACUUUGUAAAGCUUUCAACCAAAAUCAUCCUGAAAGCACAGAAUUCAAUGAUUCUGACUCUGGCAUUUCACUGAACACAAGUCCUAGCAUGGCAUCACCAGAACACUCAGUGGAAUCUUCCAUCUAUGGAGACCCACCACCUGGCUUCAGUGAUUCUGAAAUGGAAGAGUUAGAUAGUGCCCCUGGAAGUGUCAAACAGAAUGGUCCCAAAACACAGCCAACACGUUCUUCUGGGGAUACAGUGCAACCUCUAUCACCAUCUCGAGUGCACAGCACACCUGUGCAUGAUGCCCACAGUGAAAAUACACCAAAGAAAGAAAUGCCUCUAAGUCCUGGUCAUCGAAAAAUCCCAUUUACAAAAGACAAACAUUCAAGUCGCUUAGAGGCUCAUCUCACUAGAGAUGAGCUUAGGGCAAAAGCUCUCCAUAUCCCAUUCCCUGUAGAAAAAAUCAUUAACCUCCCUGUUGACGAUUUCAAUGAAAUGAUGUCCAAAGAGCAAUUCAAUGAAGCUCAACUUGCAUUAAUUCGAGAUAUACGUAGGAGGGGUAAAAAUAAAGUGGCUGCUCAAAAUUGCAGAAAAAGAAAACUGGAAAAUAUAGUAGAACUGGAGCAAGAUUUAGGUCAUUUAAAAGAUGAAAAAGAAAAAUUACUUAAAGAAAAAGGAGAAAAUGACAAAAGCCUCCAUCUACUGAAAAAACAACUCAGCACCUUGUAUCUUGAAGUUUUCAGCAUGCUACGGGACGAAGAUGGGAAACCUUAUUCUCCUAGUGAAUACUCCCUGCAACAAACAAGAGAUGGCAAUGUAUUCCUUGUUCCCAAAAGUAGGAAGCCAGAUGUUAACAAAAUCUAGGUUUGGGAGAAUCUGACCUUUUCUGAGCUAUUUCUUUUUUUUUUUUUUUUUUUUUUUUGUACUGUUAUACUAAAAGCUCCUACUGUGAUGUGAAAUGCAGAAAUAUACUUUAUAAGUAAUUCUAUGCAAAAUUAUAGCCAAAGCUAGUAUAGAAAAUAUGAAACUUUAAAAAAAGCAUUAAAAUAUCAGUACAUUGAAUCAGUGGUUCACUUUUAACUAUAAUUUCUUAGGACUCCAUUUGGGCUAGAUUCUAAGUGUAAAUACUACAAACUUCUUAUUUAUACUGUUCUUAUCUCAUUUGUUACAUUCAUAGAUUUAUGAUAUGACAUCUGGCUAAAAGCAAAUUGUUGCAAAACUAACCACUAUGUACUUUUCUUUUUUAUAAAUACUGUAUGAACAAAAAAACUUGCAUUUUUUAUAUUCAAUUGUUUAGCUCUGGAAAAAAAAACUUUUAAGAGCUGGUACUAAUAAAGGAAUAUUAUGA